GUUUGUAACACCACCACCGAUCGGAAACAUGCAGACACGUCUCUGGAGAAAUACGUUACUGAGCCAGUGAUGAACAUUGUGAGUGGCUUCUUCAAUUCUCCGUUUUCAGAUAACAGCACCAGCCUCCAGACACAUCAGCCUGUUUUUAUUCAGUUGCUGCAGUCUGCUUUUAGAAUUUAUAACUGCACCUGGCCAAACCCAACUCAGAAAGCCUCCGUGGAGUCAUGUAUCAAAACUUUGGCUGAAGUAGCAAAGAACCGUGGGAUUGCAAUUCCAGUGGAUUUGGACAGCCAGGUCAACACCUUGUUCAUGAAGAGUCACUCUAACAUGGUGCAGAGAGCAGCCAUGGGGUGGAGGAUGUCAGCCCGCAGUGGACCUCGUUUCAAAGAAGCUCUUGGUGGGCCUGCCUGGGAUUACAGGAAUAUAAUAGAAAAGCUGCAGGAUGUAGUGUCCUCCUUGGAGCAGCAGUUCACUCCCAUGAUGCAGGCCGAAUUCUCAGUGCUGGUUGAUGUGCUGCACAGUCCCGAGUUGCUUUUUCCUGAGGGAAGCGAUGCCAGAAUAAGAUGUGGUGCUUUCAUGUCCAAGUUGAUUAAUCACACGAAGAAGCUAAUGGAGAAAGAAGAGAAGCUCUGUAUUAAAAUUCUUCAGACAUUACGAGAAAUGCUCGACAAGAAAACUAACUUUGCGGAAGAGGGCAACACUUUAAGGAAAAUACUCCUGUAUCGCUACUUUAAAGGAGACUAUGGAAGUGGUAUGAAUGGACCUCUGUCUGGUAGCUACAGCAAAACUGCACAAGUGGGAGGUGGAUUUUCAGGACAAGACUCGGAUAAGUCUGGAGUAUCCAUGUUUGAUAUUCAGUGUCUUCUGGAUAAAGAAGGGGCAUCAGAACUAGUCAUAGAUGUUAUAGUAAACACUAAAAAUGACAGAAUCUUCUCAGAAGGCAUUUUGCUUGGUAUUGCAUUGCUUGAAGGUGGAAAUACACAAACACAGUAUUCAACUUACCAGCAAUUGAAGGAACAAAAAAAGUCAGAAAAAUUCUUUAAAGUCCUGUAUGACCACAUGAAGGCUGCGCAGCAGGAGAUACGAUCAACAGUGACAGUUAACACCAUCGAUUUGGGGAGCAAAAAGAAAGAUGAUGAUAGUGACCUAACUGUAUCUGUUCCCAAAAAGAGAGUAAAGGAUUCCACGCUGCAUCUGAAGGAGGGUAUGAAAGGACAGUUAACAGAAGCAUCUUCUGCAACAUCCAAGGCUUACUCUGUAUACCGGAGAGAAAUGGACCCAGAAAUAGAUCUCAUGGGCUCAGGGGCGGAUGCUGCAAAUGCAGAAGAGAAGUCUACAGAAGAGGCGAUAAUGAGCCCUGCUAUCGCCAUCAUGCAGCCAAUACUGCGGUUCCUUCAGCUGCUGUGCGAGAACCACAACCGAGAGCUGCAGAAUUUUUUAAGGCAUCAGAACAACAAAACAAACUACAACCUUGUUUGUGAGACCCUGCAAUUUUUGGACUGUAUCUGCGGAAGUACAACAGGUGGACUGGGCUUAUUGGGACUUUACAUCAAUGAGAGGAAUGUGGCUCUUGUGAACCAGACUCUGGAAAGCUUGACUGAAUAUUGCCAAGGUCCAUGCCAUGAAAAUCAGACCUGCAUAGCCACUCAUGAGUCCAACGGGAUUGAUAUUAUAAUUGCACUCAUCCUGAAUGACAUAAACCCUCUUGGCAAAUACUGCAUGGACCUGGUCCUUCAGCUAAAGAACAAUGCCUCCAAGCUUCUGCUGGCUAUUAUGGAAAGCAGGCAUGACAGUGAGAAUGCGGAGAGAAUCCUUUUCAACAUGAGACCAAGGGAACUGGUGGAUGUGAUGAAGAAUGCCUAUAAUCAAGGCCUAGAGUGUGACCAUGAGGAAGAGAAUGGAGAUGAUGGCAUCUCACCAAAAGAUGUUGGCCAUAAUAUCUACAUAUUGGCACAUCAGGUAUGUCUUGCUUGUUGUGAAACUGCUGCUAGGAAAGCAUUAAGUGCUUAA